CCACCCUGUCGGACCGGGGCGCGCCGCGGGAGAGCGAGGUCCUCGCCGCCGUUCCGCCGUCUGGCGUCGGCCGCGUCGACAGCGGGCCCGCCUGUCCCUCGGCUACCCGGGCCGGAGCCCGAAAGGCAAGCACCAUGAGCGGCGGCGAAGUGGUCUGCUCGGGAUGGCUUCGCAAGUCCCCCCCGGAGAAAAAGUUGAAGCGUUAUGCAUGGAAGAGGAGGUGGUUCGUGUUGCGCAGCGGCCGUUUGACUGGCGAUCCAGACGUCCUGGAAUAUUACAAACAUGAUCACGCCAAGAAGCCCAUCCGCAUCAUCGACUUAAAUCUCUGUCAGCAAGUCGAUGCUGGAUUAACAUUUAACAAAAAGGAGUUUGAAAACAGCUACAUUUUUGAUAUCAACACCAUUGACCGGAUUUUCUACCUGGUGGCAGACAGUGAGGAAGAGAUGAAUAAGUGGGUCCGUUGUAUUUGCGACAUCUGUGGGUUUAAUCCUACAGAAGAAGAUCCUGUGAAGCCCCCUGGCAGCUCCUUACAAGCCCCAGCGGAUUUAUCUUCAGGUGUCAUCACAACACCACCAUCUGCCCAGGUAGACUCAUCUUGUGUCGCCCAGCCUCCUCCGUAUCAGCUAAUUAACCUUCCACCACAUAUAGAGACUCUUGACAUCCAGGAGGACCCUCAAGACUACCUCUUGCUAAUCAACUGUCAAAGCAAGAAGCCUGAACCCACCAGAACACAUGCUGAUUCUGCAAAAUCCACCUCUUCUGAAACAGACUGCAAUGAUAACGUCCCUGCUCAUAAAAAUCCCACUUCCUCCCAGAGCAAACACGGCGUGAACGGCUACUUCCCGCAGCAGCUCAUGUAUGACUCGCCGCCGUCCCGCGCCGCGUCCGUCUCGGUGGACUCCAGCCUUUACAACCUGCCCAGGAGUUACUCCCACGACGUCCUCCCAAAGGUGUCCCCUUCGAGUACCGAAGCAGAUGGAGAACUCUACGUUUUCAAUACCCCGUCUGGGGCAUCGAGUGUAGAGACUCAAAUGAGGCACGUGUCUAUUAGUUAUGACAUUCCGUCAACACCUGGGAACACUUACCAGAUUCCACGAACAUUUCCAGAAGGAACCCUGGGGCAGACGUCCAAGCUAGACACUAUUCCAGAUAUUCCUCCACCCCGGCCACCGAAACCACACCCGGCCCACGACCGAUCGCCUGUGGAAACGUGUAGCAUCACGCGCGCGGCCUCCGACACCGACAACAGUUACUGUGUCCCCACCGCAGGGGUGCCGCCCUCCCGCAGCAACACCAUCUCCACUGUGGAUUUGAACAAACUGCGGAAAGAUGCUAGUUCUCAAGACUGCUAUGAUAUUCCACGAACGUUUCCAAGUGAUAGAUCUAGUUCACUUGAAGGCUUCCAUAACCACUUUAAAAUCAAAAAUGUAUUGACAGUGGGAAGUGUAUCAAGUGAAGAGCUGGAUGAGAAUUACGUCCCAAUGAAUCCCAAUUCGCCGCCGCGACAGCAUUCCAGCAGUUUUACCGAACCAAUUCAGGAAGCAAACUAUGUGCCGAUGACCCCGGGGACUUUUGACUUCUCUUCAUUUGGAAUGCAAGUUCCUCCUCCAGCUCAUAUGGGCUUCAGGUCCAGCCCAAAGACCCCUCCCAGAAGGCCCGUUCCUGUUGCAGACUGUGAACCACCCCCCGUGGAUAGGAACCUCAAGCCAGACAGAAAAGGUCAAAGUCCUAAAAUUUUAAGACCCAAACCCCAUGGUUUAGAGCGAACUGAUUCACAAACCAUACGUGACUUUGCUGCAAGAAGAAAGGCCAAGCCAGCACCUUUAGAAAUAAAACCUUUGCCAGAAUGGGAAGAAUUACAAGCCCCAGUUAGAUCUCCCAUCACUAGAAGUUUUGCUCGAGACUCUUCCAGGUUUCCCAUGUCUCCCCGACCGGAUUCAGUGCAUAGCACAACCUCAAGCAGCGACUCCCACGACAGUGAAGAGAAUUAUGUCCCCAUGAACCCAAACCUACCUGGCGAGGACUCGAACCUUUUUGGCAGUAGCAGUCUUGAUGGAGGAAGCAGCCCUAUGAUCAAGCCCAAAGGAGACAAACAAGUGGAAUACCUCGAUCUAGAUUUAGAUUCUGGGAAAUCCACACCACCACGUAAACAAAAGAGCAGUGGCUCGGGAAGCAGUGUGGCAGAUGAGAGAGUGGAUUAUGUUGUGGUUGACCAACAGAAGACCCUAGCUCUGAAGAGCACCCGAGAAGCUUGGACAGACGGAAGACAGUCCACAGAAUCCGAAACGCCGCCCAAGAGUGUGAAAUGAAAAUAUUGCUCUGCUGUGUCUGAACAAAAGAGAACUGAAUUGUAAAGAUAAGUCCUAUUUGACUGAAGAUGACUUGACACUUCUACUCUAGGUAGAUCCUCAACUGAGUAGAGUUGAAGUCAAAGGACCUUUCAGACAUAAUCAAGCAAUUUACACUGUCAAUGGUGCUUUGUGGUAUCUGAACAAUUCAUAAUCUGUAAAUAACGUGGGAAAAUAGUAUUGUUUAGCUCCCAGAAAAAAAUUGAUUCCAUAGUUAACACACUUGUAGUAUUAUUGUAUUUAUGCACUUUUUCAUUUAAAACAUUGUUGGGGUAUUCAAAAAUGUACCUUAACAUAAUUCCUUUGGGAAGUGUUUGUUUUUCCUCACACUACUAUAGAUAACAAUACUGAGUUAACUAAGCUACUUUUAGAUUUGUAAAUUGCUCUUUUAAACUUCAGUGUAACAUUACAAUGAGAAGUAGAUUCACAGUUUACCUUUCUACCUGAAACCGCGGGUGGUGAUCAUUAAACUACAGAGUAUAGUUGGACUCAUCCUUCACUGCCUUCUAGAAUGCUAAGGAUAAUAUGUGUACUGGGAUUAGGACCUAGUUCUCUGGUUCGUGUACAGUUAGUUCUCAGUGGUAGAACUUUAUUAUAUUUUGUUAAUUACAGUGUUCUUAGUUCAUUGAGUGAAGAUUCUGCCGGGUGGGAUCUUGUACCUCAGAAAGACUGAAUAAUUACAUUACCAAGUAAGCCUAUAGAUCACUGAUGGCAUGAGGUGAUGAUUUGCCCUCACACUUGUUAACAUGUAUUAAACUUUGUAUUAUUUGCAAAUCGUAGUUUAUAUGACUAAUCAGGUACGUACCAGGCACUGAUGUGCUAAUACACUGAUCAGGUUUAGACAGUGAGCUUUGUUUCUUGUUAGUCCUAAUGUUUGAUUUCCAAUUUGGAGUUAGUGACGCAGUUGACAUUCACUGUUAGUUAUAGCAACAUACUGUGAUUUUUUUUAAUUAGACAGUAAUUCAGAUUUAUUACUCUAAGAAUGAAAUUCUAACUUUUGACACCAUAGUGCCCUUUCUAUGAUUUUUUUUUUUUAACUUUACUUAAUAUUCUACUUGGCCUUAUAUUUAAAUCCCUAUGCAAUUAAUAUUUUAUACUUGCAUUUUUAAAAAGAAAAAUAGAUGUUAUGUAAGUGAUUCUCAUAUGUAGCACCUGUUGCUUUUCUAGUAAAAAAAAAUUAAGGAUUUUGUACUGUGAUUUAUAUUCACUGUCCCAGUUCAAGAACUAUUGGAGCCUUGCUAUAAUGUGAAAUCUUAUAGUCAUGGACCUCUUUCAACCAGAUUUCUGAAACCACCAGAGAAAUCGUAUAAUUCUUUCUCACCUAUAACAUGGUCCUGGGACGGCUAUCAAGACCACAAAUUAUAGUGAGGCUACAAUUAUAUUAUGUCUUGGCUUUGCUACUUAAUUUAGAAAGCAGAUGGAGUUGUUUGUUUUUUAACUAAAUGACAUACAAUCUCUUAUGUAUUGAUUUGAACCUACUAACAGUUUUUAGAGGGGGCACAGAGAUUGGAGUGCCCACAGCUGAGGCAUGACCCCCUCCAUUCAAACCUAUGUUGCCUGAGUACACAGAUGUGCCCUGAUUUCUGGCCCCUCGGCCAUAGUACUGUGCCUAAUUGAUGUAAUGGGUUAUUUCCCCAAUCCACAAACUAAAAAUGUCCAUAACAAGAUGAUGAAUUGUAGACUAGUAACAUUUGAUGCUUUUAAAUGUUUGCUUCUUUUUAAAACAGAGGCUAAAACCCAGAAGUGAAUUUUGAGGUGGAUUUUUAAAUAAAAAAGAUUGUUUGAGUUUGGUGUGCACAAGCUCUUUUAUGAAACCACAAAAUAAAAUCUAAAGUCAUUGAAAUGUGCCUGAACAUUCAAAACGCACAACGCAGUUUGAUGUGUGAUGAUACAAAAUUAUGUUACAUGGAGGAAGAACAUAUUUUGAGACUAAAACACAACAAUAAAUAUAUUAAUUCAAAAAUAGAAAUCUUAUUUAAAGCUGCCUAUCAGAAGAGCCUAAGACAAUUAUGAAUUUUUUUGUGUAAUUUCUUAUUUAUUGUGAGUUUCCAUUUUUGAAGAUCUGCAACACUCUUAAUAUGUAGAAAUGUUCCCACGUUCAGAGGAAUUUAAGAAUUGAAAUGUCAGGCAGCUUGUUUCAGACAUCGAACAUUGUAACAAAUUAAAUGAAAAGACAGUUUCUUAUAGAGCACUAUUUACCGAACUUUUUUUAGCACUAGAAUCUUUUUUAAAUAAAAUUUUGUGAAACCCCAAUACAGAAAGCCUGAAAAGUUUAUUUUAUCAGUAUAAAUGUAUUUUAAGUUCACAUUUAUGUUCACUUAUUUUAGUCCAUGACUAAGAAUAAUAUUUCUGAAUAACACAGAUAUGAAAUUGAGGUUAUUAAUGGCUGGUGAAAGCUUCAGCAGCCAGUUUAUUUCUAUCCCUUGUUUUAUUUGCAUAUUGUCAAGAAAAUUUCAAUUCACACAAACAUAUGUAAUUGCAAAUAAUAGGUUUCAAAUACACAUCUCAGGAGGUUCUUGGAGUUGUAUUCCAAGGUUGAUACCAAAAUAAUUACCCUGGUAGUGGAAGUUAAUACAUAAGCAGUCUCCAGUACGGAAAACUUGGGGUAUGUAACAGAUUAGGAUGUGCAUUUUUAUUACAUUUUUAAAAUAUGUACUUAUAAAAAGAAAAUUUGAUGCCCCUUUUAAUACCUCUGAUCACCUCCAGGAAGCUGGGUUCUGGCCAGGCCUGGGUUGAAAACCACUGGUUUAAUCAUGUGACAGUUAUGUCAGAAGUCUUUUUCUCCCACAUGUUUGAUGUUGUCUACCUUUUAUCCCUUAUUUUGAAAAACUGUAAAAUUUUAUAAAGGUUUGAAUACCAAAGCACAGUUCUGUUUUCAAAAUCAAGAUUCAGACUUGAAUAAUGUAAGCUAUUUAACCCACGGACGGUGUCACUUAGUAAGCUCUGAAAGGUGGUUCUGAUCUCCAUUCCAGCUUUACACCGUCAUCUUUAUUUUUGUCCAUACAUAAGCUACUGUGAGCAUUGUAGAGAGGUCCAUAAAGGUACUAUGAUUAUGUGUGUGUAUGUGUGUGUGUGUAGCAUUGUAUUUAAUCACUGACUACAUUUAAUUUGAUAUAGAAAUACUGCUAUACUUGUACAGUAAGGUCCUAAGUCAGAAUUUGUUCUGGACUCUUUAUAUUUAAUUAAUAGGGGUCACAGUCGUCAUAAAUGCAGUGAAACUGGAACACCAAUGUGGUUUUUUCCCCCACUAGUGGAAGUUUUUUGCUUUCCCAUUGAGUGAAAUUUGUAUUUUUUAUAUUUUGUUAAGAUGCUCCCAAACACUCUUAGUGCCUCUUUAUUUGGCCCAUUAAAAAGUUCUGGUAUUAGUAUUUUGAACGAAUACAAAGUCUUUAGAAACAGCAGGGCUCUCCUUCAUAGGCCUCCUACCUUUGGGCCAUUCUGGUAGGUCUUGUCCUCCAUUGUCAGAUAAGCAAUCAGGUCCAUGACAGAGAUUGUACAUGUGACCAAAUCAAAUGGAUACACACCCAGAGAGAGAUGUACAUCCCCAAAUAAGAAUUAUUGUCUGUAGCAUCUGAUAUAUAUAAAUCUGCAUGUAAUUUAAAAUACUGAACACUGAGAUGAAAAGCCAUGGUGUAAAUGAAUAUGGUAGACGUCAUAGACAUGAUGGGAUGAAAAAUCAGUUGUCAAGUUGUAGAGAUAAUUGGUUUCAGUCUGACUAAAAAUGUUGAUAUAGUACUACAGUUUGAAAUAAUUUAGUUUGUCUUCUCUUCCAUAGACUAAUCUUUCUUUAGAUUCAGUAUAAUGUCUAUUAAGAGUUUCAACAAACUAUUUAGUCAAGAACUUAGCCUAGCUUCUGCUUCCUUUAUGUAAAAAGACGUAACUUUGUGUGAGCUCUUGUAACCUAAAUCAAUUGUUGAUGGUCGUCCCAAAUUUCAACAGCAAAAUCUUAUAUGUACAUUUAUUUCUCCCCUCUUGCAUAUCUUCUUUUGUAAAGAUCCAACUGUAGAUAUUUUCUGCUACCAAAUAAAACUUUUUAAACAA